AUGGGCCAAGCCGGGGGCGGGGGCCCGGGCUGGGGACCGCCGCUCAUGCUGCUGUUUCUGGGGGCCGCGCUGGUUCUCGCCGCGGGGGCCGUUCCCGCGCGCGACGCCGGCGGCGCGGUCGAGGCCAAGGAGCUGAGGAGCGGCCUGGCGCGGGAGCCGCGUGCCAACGCCACGCAGGACGAGGCCAGCCCGCCGGCUGCCGGGGAGGAUUCUGAGCCGGGCGCGGUGGUGCCUGAGGAAGCACUGGAGGCGUCGGCUGCAGUGACGGGCACCACCUGGCUGGAGGUUGACAGCCCGGGCCUGGGCGGAGUGACCGCAGAGGUGGGCAGUGGUGACACCCAGGCCCUCCCAGCUACACUGCAGGCCCCCCAGGAGGCCCCUGAUCAGUCUACGAAGCCUCCCACCACCUCUGAGGCACCAGAGGCCAGCGGACCACCUUCCCCCACCCCUGAUGACAAGCUGAGCUCAGACCCCGAGCUCCCCAAGGAGAGGCCCUUGGAGGUUUGGCUGAACUUGGGGAGCAGCACACCUGAGCCCCACGGCUCAGAGCCCCCCUACCCCUUUCAGGGCACGCAGGAGCCCCAGCCUGCCUCCGAUAUCAUUGACAUUGACUACUUCGAAGGACUGGACGGGGAGGGUCGUGGCGCUGAGCUGGGGAGCUUCCCGGGGUCACCCGGAAACUCCGAGAGCCAUUCUGAGGGCCAGGGAGAGACCCCCUCCUGGAGCCUGCUUGACUUGUAUGAUGACUUCACCCCCUUUGAUGAAUCUGAUUUCUACCCCACCACGUCCUUCUAUGAUGACCUGGAGGAAGAGGAUGAUGAAGAGGAAGAGGACAAGGACGCAGUGGGAGGCGGCGACCUGGGAGAGCCCAACGACCUCAUGGGGCCCACUCAGAAGCCUGGUGCGGGGCGCACUCUGGGGUUGGUCCCCGGCAGCAGCAUUAUCGCCCUCAGACCCCGCCCGGGAGAACCAGGCAGGGAUGGAAACGGCACCAAGUGCCACAAUGGCUUCGUGCGACACAACGGCUCCUGCCGGUCCGUGUGCGACCUCUUCCCCAGCUACUGUCACAAUGGCGGCCAGUGCUACCUGGUGGAGAACAUAGGGGCCUUCUGCAGGUGUAACACGCAGGACUACAUCUGGCACAAGGGGAUGCGCUGCGAGUCCAUCAUCACCGACUUCCAGGUGAUGUGCGUGGCCGUCGGCUCGGCCGCGCUCGUGCUGCUCCUGCUCUUCAUGAUGACGGUGUUCUUCGCCAAGAAGCUGUACCUGCUCAAGACAGAGAACACAAAGCUGCGGAGAACCAACAAAUUCCGGACCCCAUCUGAGCUGCACAACGACAACUUCUCCCUCUCCACCAUUGCCGAGGGCUCUCACCCAAACGAUGACCCUAGUGCACCCCACAAAAUCCAGGAGGCACUCAAGUCCUGCCUGAAAGAGGAGGAGUCAUUUAACAUCCAGAACUCCACAUCGCCCAAACUCGAGGGCGGCAAAGGUGACCAGGUGGACUUGGAGGUGAACUGUCUUCAGAAUAAUCUAACCUAA